AUGUACUCAUGUAUAUACUUUUGGAAACGUUGUAAAUGUAAAUAUGCCAAUAAAUAUUCUUUUCUCAGGAAUAUCUUACUAAAUCCUUUAAAGAACAUCGAUCUUCUCAAUCAAAGGCUCGACUUCAUCAGUUUUGUUUUGCUGCCCAGUAACAGAUUUUUUGUAGAGAGUUUACGAGAGAAUUUGCAAGAAAUUUCUGGAGACAUUAACGUUAUUUUAACAAGAAUUGGAAAUUCCCGAGCAAAAUUUCGAGAUUGGUACGUCUUGUAUAAAACGAUCUACCACACAGUUUACAUAAACGAAUUGAGCGCUCCGUACAGAGAAAACUGUUCCCUGUUAUUUGAUCUGUGCGAAGCAAUUUCACCUAACUUAAUAAGCCUGGAGGAAUCCAUCAAAAAUGGUUUAGAUUUUGACGUCAGCAAAAAACGUGGUAAACCCAUUGUUAGGUCUGGAUUGGACGAGGACUUAGACGAAAAAAAAUUAAGAAGACAAGGAAUCAUGAACGACGUAAUGGCAGCCGCUAGAUUUGCUGCAGAUAAUUUGCCGGACUUUUUGGACGAGUGUUCGGUGGUUUAUUUGCCGGAAAUGGGACACUUACUCGCCAUUAAGGAGUGGAAUUCGGAUUGUCAACCUGAAGAUUUGCAAUAUUUAGGAUUUCAAUAUGUGUUCAAAAUAGGAGGAAAAUUCCACUACAAAAACCCAAUGUGUGUAGAGCUGGAUAAACGACUUGGUAAUAUUUAUCUAGAAAUAAUAGAUCACGAGAAUAGAAUACUUAGAAGAUUGUCUGGGUUCAUUUUAAAAUAUAAUAAAGACAUAAGAGAACCAUUGAAGAUUAUUGGUAUGAUAGACAGCUUAAUAGCCAUGGCAAUAACGGCUUCAAGCAAGAUGUACGUCAGACCAUUUCUGAACACCAAUAACUACUUCCAACUUGACGAAUGCCGCCAUCCUUUACUUGAACAUAUGCUGGAUCAAUUCCAACCGAACGAUUUUUAUUCUGGAGCGAAUAACAGUCAUAUCAAAAUCAUUACAGGCCCAAACGGCAGCGGUAAAAGCGUCUAUUUGAAACAGAUUUGUCUGGUGGUGUAUUUAGCUCAUGUCGGCUCUUACGUGCCGUGUUCCAGAGCCGAUGUUAACCUUUUAGAUACGAUGCAUUCGAGGGUCUUAGCUAUGGAGUCCGCAGCAGUGCGGUUAUCUUCGUUUAUGAUCGAUGUAACUCAGAUGAAUAAUACCCUCACGGAUCGUGCUGCUUCUUCGCUGGUUUUAGUAGAUGAGUUCGGUAACGGCACCAGCGAAACAGAGGGUAUUUGUCUCCUUCAGGGAGUAUUAGAACAUUUUUUGGAACGGGGAGCUGCUUGUCCCCAUAUAUUAGUCUCAACUCACUUCCAACAAAUCCACAAACGUCUUCCAGACUCGCCAUUGAUUCAGUACCAGAAGAUGGAGCACACCAAAGAAAAUGGAAUGUUGUAUUUUUUAUAUAAAAUUACUGAAGGUAUCUCCAAUAGUUAUGCCUUCGACGUUGCGGAAGAAAUUGGUAUAGACAAAAAAAUAAUUGACAGAGCAAAAGAAAUUUUUGACUGCUUAUCUAACAGAAAAUCUAUUGCUCCUCUACCAAAACUACUGUCUCGAAAUAAGUUUGAUAUGACAACGUUGCAAAUUUUGGAUAUUCCAGAGCCAGAUGAGGAUAAUGAACAUCAGUCUAUUUGA